UAGCCGCCUCUGACUGCUGAGCUUGUGCAGCAGGCCUUCGCUCCCCCAGGUAAAGGCCCGAAACGAUGACCAUCAUGGUGGAGGACAUCAUGAAGCUGCUGUCCUCCCUUUCCAGGGAGAGGAAGAUGAAGGUGGCGGUCAAGCACUCCGGGCAGGGUGCCCUGGUCACAGGCGCCGUGGCCUUCAUCGGGGGUUUGGUGGGUGGUCCACCGGGACUUGCCAUUGGGGAGGCUGUCAGGGGGCUGUUAGGUGCCUGGGUGACAAGUGGACAGUUUAAGCCAAUUCCUCAGAUCAUAAUGGAGCUGCCCCCUGCCGAGCAGCAGAGGCUCUUUAAUGAAGCCACAGCCAUUAUCAGGCACCUGAAGUGGACAGACGCCGUGCAGCUGACCAUGCUGGUCAUGGGCAGCGAGGCCCUGCAGCCACGCUGGUGAACUAAGUCAUUGAGGAGCUGCGGGCCGAGAUCCAGUAUGACCUGUAGGCCACACCUCCGGGGAGGUGGGAGACUCCUUUAGAUGACUCUGUGACUCUGAAUAGGUGGCUUGGGAGUCGGGAGAAGCCCAGUGGAUGCCCCUGAGGAACCUCCACAUCAUGAGUGUCCUACUAGCAAUGUCCUGCUGGAGAGGCGACCUCUGUGCAGUGUCAUGUUCCAGAUAUUACUUACGAAGAAGCAUGUGCCAGCGGCAUGUGCACUGACGUGCCUUCACAGCCCUCUGACUGGCCCCUCAGUGAAGAGCAAAGGCCUGCCUGGCGCAGGUUUCAGUGGCAUCUACUGAAUCCUCUCACCCGCACGGGUCUGGAGAAAUGAUCAUGCUCAGCCAAUGGUCUGACCAUGCCUCAGCCUCCCCCAGGGGUCUUCUCAUCUUAGGAGAUGACUCUUCUUCCAAACACCAGCUGCAGGACUGGAGGCCACCCCUCUGCGGGCCUUGGGGUCUCAGAGCCUUGGAGCGGCCCAUGCUGGAAUCACAUUUAACCUCCUAUGCAGCCCUCCCCUACCCAG